AUGCCAAUUAUACGGUAUUAUAUAAAUUCAAAUAGCAUAGAGCCGCUUGAAAUGAAAAAUCUGUUUCCAAGUGCUAUGAAUAUAAUUGAAAUAAUCCAGGAAUAUGAGAAACGUUGCUUCGUUAUGCAUCAACGAUUGCGCACGGAUCGACGAUGCCAUCCCAAGUUGCGCAAUUAUGUGGAAUCUUUUAACCUCGAUCGACAGUCUUUUAUUCGUCAUAUAAUAUUGUAUUGCUUUAAGAUUGAGAACGAGAUGUAUGGGCUCGCUUUAACAUUGAUUUUCUUUCGCGAUUUUGGUUGGGCCAACGAGAUGAUAGCUUAUGAGAACAUAAUGCAAAUCAGCGCCGAGGCGUUGCAGAUUGCCUUAAUGAAUAUAGAAUCGUUUUCAAAAAAUACAUUUGUUAUGUUAUUACACUCAAUCAUAAGUUUCUCCAACAAAAUAGAAAAUUUUAUGCCCGAUAAUAACCAGAAAGAAGUUCGCCGCAUCCUACUGAAGACUUUAUCUUCUACAAAAGAUGUAGUCGGCGAGAAGCGCUAUAAACUUAUGUAUAAUUUCUUGCUCAAGUAUGUUUAUCAUGGAAACCCAUCUUAUCUGACAGGAAAAUAUAAUGAAACCUCCGAAUGGAUUUAUGCACUCAUCCAUGGAUACGUGCCUUGUACAAUAUCUCUAAUAGACUGCACUUGUGAUGAAUGUUUGUAUUGCAAACGUCAAAAUUUUUUUAAGAACAAUAUUGCUACGAUGUAUAACGCAUAUUUGUUCAUUUGUGAAUGCAUCAAGAUAUCCACAGAAUGUCAUGAUUAUUAUGAACAAUUACUGCGCAAUUUAUGUCCGGAAUAAUAGAUUAAUUUUGAUAAAGUAUAGAAAUAUACUAG